AUGUAUACCCUUUCUAUACUGUCUUUGCUCUCUGCGGCUGCUUUUUCUGUGCAUGCCCAAUCUUCUUCCCCCACGAUCGCCUCCAAUGAUGAUUGCUCUUGUGGUUAUUAUGAUAUUGUGACUGGAGUUCUCUUCACAGAAUCACUGAUCACUUAUUUCAAUGAGACUAAUACUCUUUCGGACGAUUUUAUACUUCAAUCCUACGAAAACAAGUACGAGAAGGAUUACAACAGCAUAUUCCGACAAGGUUCUAAUCCUGUAAAUAUCAACAUUCUCAACAGUUCAUCAGUUGCAUCCAACAACGAUGAUUCUACAUCUCAACUUUCGUCGAGAUCACGCUCUUCACGAAACACUUCAUCAAAUUCUACUUAUGGAGACCGUCCCACUACAGUCAGUGGAAAGGAAGGCAACUCUUCAAUCGCCAAUGACCCAGUCUCAUUGUUCUCUCCAUCUAAUCGACCCUUUACUUCAUCCUUAAAACUGUCUGUUGACCCACCAAAUAGCGAUCACUUGGUCACAGGUGGUGGUAUCAAGACUGUGAGACAGGAUAUCCAAUAUGGUUCAGCACGGGCUUAUCUUCGGCCCUCAAGCCAGGGAGUUGGAGGAACUUCGCUUUCGAUGAUGUUCAGAUACAACGAAUCAGAAUCUAUGGAAAUGAAUAUCAUGAAUACCAACCAAAAUUCAACUGCUUGGAAGAAUAUCUCUCUGUAUGAUUACAACGAAUUUCGACUGGAUUGGACGAAGAACGAAGUUCAUUGGUAUAUCGGAAACGUUCUUGUCCGAUCAAUUUCCAAGGAGAAUGGCUCUGUGCCAUCUACCCCUUCACCCUUUUUGAUCAAGCAUUGGUCUACAGGAAACCCAUAUUCUAUGCAAGGUCCACCCAUCUCCAUCUCCGACGCAAAUGUCGGGUGGGUUCGACUGUUUUUCAAUUCGUCAUUGAUGAAUUCUACACAUCAUACAAAUUUCGAUGCGCGAUGUAAUCUCAAAGACGCAUGUUCAAUGGAUAACACUACUUUACGUGGGUCCUCGCCUUUCUCAUCAGCCGCUUUAAGUCCUUGGGAACACCGUGUUGCUCAUGGUACACUUCGAUGGGUAGCGAUUUGGUUCAGCGUUGGCUGUUUGGUCGUAACUUUGACGGCUUUAGCAAAUGCUUUCCUAAGGCUCAAAGUCUUCAAGAAAACACCAGAAAUGCCUCAAAAUCCUACGGAAGAUAAUAUCAGUGUUAUAAGCCCAGCUUCCCCGCCCUACGCCUAUUCCAGAAAUGCAAGCUUGACACCAGCCUUGACACCAGCCCCAUCAUAUCGGACAAGAAUCGAAUCCUACAAUUCAGGAACAUCGACUUUGGUGUCUUCAUUCAAUUUCUCGACUGCAAAUCAUUCAGGUGAGCGAGGCGUAAGUGGUAUUGGGUCUAUCGAUCAAAUAUACAGCAAAGUCGAUCACGAGUGGAAUAUUCGCAGGAGUAGUUCAGGCGACAAUAGUGAAAAUACAAUGUCUAUCAACGAGUUACCUCCUAGCCUAUCUCCCUCGUUACUAAACUCACCAAAUUUCAUUCGAUUUGAUGAUAAAGGUAUUAAAGACAAGUCUAAACGAGUCUCGGGGCUUAACAACACUACCGCUACGGGUACACUGGAUCAUAUAACUCUCGAUAUCAAAUCCAACGCUAUGGAUCAGCGGAAUCAGACAGAUAGCCAAUCUCGCCUAGAUGGGAAGGAUAUCACAAACAAAUUUCCCACAUCGGCAUUCUCAACACAUGAAAGCGCAUCCCCGAUGGAAACAAGCCAGAGAGUUGAUCACUUAGCAGGACUAAUCACCAUCGCAGCGAUAAAUGUAACUGUCCUUCAUUUUUGCCUGACUUUUGUACCGGCCGUUAUUGCCCCUGGUGCUUUUGCCCACUAUUCCGCCGAAAUAUGGAUCAACAAAACCAUUGUACCUUUCUUUCUCAAUCAAGGAGCCCUUGGUAUUUUCUUUACCACUUCCGCUCGAUUUCUCAUUGAUCCUUUUCUGCGCGAUGGAGACCUCUCUUCUAUAUCUUCGAAGAUAGUUGGCCGGGUCUUCCAAAUCAUGUUACCGGUCUUUAUAUUCGUCCUGCUAGAAUACUUUCUCAUUCUAUCAGGAGCAACUUACUAUCUUCCUUUCUUGCCAUCGAUUACCUGGAGUACCUGGCCUUAUGUGACUCCCUUUCCUCAUCUCGGAUAUCUUCUCAAUGAAGCUAUCGCGCUCGCUUACACAAUUCCAAACGCAGUUCCUCUCAUAACUUUCAACUACUGUACUGGCGUUCUUUGGACAAUUCCUGUGAUCAUCCAGGGAUCAUGGACAACACUUCUUGCUAUCCUUCUCAUAACCUCUAUUUCGAACCCGAAGAAACGUUUCCCCUUCUAUAUGUUCUCGCUAUUGAUCAAUUGGUACUCGCUCUCUUGGUCUUCGUUCUUUUGGGUCGGCAUUUUACUCACCGAUCUCGAAAUUACAUACCACAUGCCAAGAUAUCUACACAAACAUCCUCUCAUCUAUUACCCUUUAAUUUUGACCCUCACGAUCCUCGCUCUUCUGGCUCUUAGCGCAGAUACCUUCAAUCAAUGGCUUAACUACAGUAUCAUAGCUAAAGAAACACUCAUUCAUCCCGAUCCAAGCACAGGCCUUCCAGCUACUAUCACUCACAACUCCGGAUACCCUGGCUAUCCGGGUUACUGGGUUCCUCAUUUCAAUGGUCUUAUAUUCUGUACCGCAAUCCAAUUCCUUGCAUCGAUAUCUCCCUUAGUCCAGUCAUUUCUAUCCGCAAAACACCUCAUGCUAUUAUUCCCACAUGUUUUCAGCAUGUAUCUAUUCCAUGGUAUGAUCUUCUGGUCUCUUGGUGCUUGGCUCUGUCUUGCUCUCAACAACAUCCUACCAUACUGGGCAGUGUUAAUUGUAACUGCCGUCGUGUGUUACACAGUCUUAUUUUUAUCAUUGCCUAUGUUAUCGUUGAUAGCGGGAUUGUUUGGAAAAGGGUUAGCGGGUGAUAUCAAGAGAGACUCUCGAGAAGAGCCAUUGAAAGGACGGCCAACAUUAACACCGUUUGGAAGAGAUUGGUUGAAUCGUAAUGGGAUGAUUGAUGGAAUUCCUGUAGUUAGUGGCGAAGCAUUGAAUGAAGAGAACAAGGUUGAAAGCAUCGAUACCGGGAGGAAGAAAACGACUGGAGUGGAGAUAAGGGUGAUCGAAUGCGGCGAAGCAGUUGUUAGAGAUUCUAUUGUUAGUUCUGCCAGCAAGGUGAACAAGCUUGGAUCUGCCAACGGCCAAGCGGGUGAUCAGAUCAAUAAGGUUUGA